CAAGACGCUUUACAUAGCUCCAUCAGCUCAUUGCCAGAGCUAAACAUUAGCGCUUGCGGGGUUUUACUCUCCAGAGUUGUCAUCUCGCCAUGGCGUUCGUCCACGCAGAUGUUUUCCUUGGAGCACCUAAGACGGGCCGCUCACAUACCGUCCCACAACACCAAGCGCUACCGGCAAGCAACGACAUCAGUAUAUCAGUGAAGGACCGACGCCACCACUCCGCUGCACGACACCACGAACAUGGCGUCUCUAUUAGGUCCCGUUUACUCCCUCUAAUCCCCACAAGUAGACCGGUCAUUGCCGUGGGACGAUCUGUCAAGCAUGGAAUAUGAUAUUGCGCUUGAGGAGCCUCCGGUGAUGACUUCUUGUAGGACUUGGGU